AUGAGAAUUAUGAAAUAUAUAUCAUUACCUUCAAAAGAAACUGAGCAUGAUCCACGAAUAACCUCUGUGAACGAGGCUGGGGAGCUGGCGGAUCCUCAGUGGAACAAUUCGGCAGAUUCCCCAGGCAGUGAUAAUAUUAGAUUUGAUAAUACUGAGGAUGAACGAGAAACCAUGCUUAAUAAAGAAAGAGGAGAAGAAGAUACUGUGGUUGACAUGGACGAAAGUUUGGAUGCCCUCGAUUACGGAAAAGAGAAGAGAGAUAGAUCGAUAUUACCGUGUUUGUGCAUUGCCGGUGUAUUCAUUCUAGCAUGGAUAGUUUCGGCCAUUAUUUAUGGAUUUUAUAAAACAGGUGCUUCAAGUGCUGAAAACUUAGCUAAUCGAAUACAGUUCGAUGAUUUGUAUAAUAAAAGCUUUUAUCCUGAAUUUAAAGAUUUGAUAUGGAACAUGGCUGAUGGUGAAGAUGGUACGUUCGUGUAUCGGGAUCAUCAUGACAAUAUCAUAUUGGAGCGAAUUUCAGAUCGGAAAAAGGAAACGUUAGUCAAAGGAACUGAUAUCAUCGAUCAUGAUGGGACUCCUAUUUUCUACUCUGAUUUUUCUAUCUCCCCGGAUUCAAAUUACGUUUUGCUAUCAAUUAAUAAAACAAAGCAAUGGAGAUAUUCACACUUUUCAAACUAUUUGAUUUUUAAUAUAACAUCGAAAUCAAUAUUCCAUCUUACGAAACCCAUUGACGAUGAUCAUCAAGCGGUACUUUCUUAUGCUCAAUGGAGUCCUGUUGGUCACACUGUGGCUUUUAUCAAAGAUAAUGACGUAUAUAUAUCUGUAGAUUUAGUAGAUGAAAGACGUAUUACAUUUGAUGGUUCGGCUGUGGUCUUUAAUGGUAUGCCGGACUGGAUUUAUGAAGAGGAGGUUCUUAAAGCAGAUAACGCGAUUUGGUGGUCUGGUGAUGGGAAGCGUCUUGCUUAUCUUCGUUUAAAUGAGUCGGAAGUUCCUGAAUAUCGAUUUCCUAUGUAUAUGACUGGUUUUGAGGUUGCUCCCUAUCCUAGAGAAGUUGUUCUAAGAUACCCUGAACCGGGAUAUCCAAACCCGAUCGUAACUUUACAUGUCUACGAUUUGGAAACACCGUUACGCUCUCAAUCCGGUUUUAUUCGUUUUGAAGAUGAUUUGCCAGAUGAUGAUAAAUUGAUUACGGAAGUUAUGUGGGCUGGAAAUGAGAAAAUUUUAGUAAGAGUUAUGAAUCGCGUUCAGGAUAUAGCAAGAGUGGUUCUUGUAGACACAAAUACUCGUAUGGGAGUAACGGUUCGUGAAGAAAAUGCCGAUAAAAUGGAUGGUGGUUGGUACGAGAUUAAUAAAAGUUGGGUUUACAUUAAAAAAACGGGUAGUCUCGAACAAGACGCUUAUGUUGAUGUGGUGGUGAAUAAAGGUUACGAUCAUCUCGCUUUAUUUUCACCCAUCGGCUCAAACACUCCAAAGUUUCUCACUAGUGGAAAUUGGGAGGUUGAUGGCAGCGCGUUAGCAGUUGAUUAUGAUCGAGAAUUGAUAUAUUUCAUUAGUACAGAGAAGUCUUCAACAGAGAGACAUAUAUAUUCUGUAACCUGGGAUGGAAAAUAUAUAACACCAAUAACGGAUAUCAGUAGUGAAGGUUAUUAUUCAGCUAGCUUUUCACCGGGUGCUCAAUACUAUAAUUUAUUAUAUGAAGGUCCAGGUGUUCCUUGGCAAAAAGUAUUGAAAAUUGGGGACAAAGAUUUUGGAAUGGUUUUGACUGAAAAUAACGAGCUCAAAGAAAUUAUGAAUUCCCUUGAAUUACCUACAAAGAAACAUCUAACGAUUGAAAUUAACGGAACUGCUUUCAAUGCCAUCGAAAUAAGACCACCAGGAAUGGAUGACAGUGGAAAGGAAAAGUAUCCGGUGUUAUUCAAUAUUUACGGAGGUCCAGCUUCUCAACUUGUAAAUACAAAAUUCACGAUGAAUUGGCACACGUUUUUAGCCUCGUCGGAUCGAUUAAAGUAUAUCACGGUACUAGUUGACACGCGCGGUACAGGAUUUCAGGGAAGAUCAUAUAGAUGUAUCGUUAGAGGACGUUUAGGUGAAAUUGAAUCAGAGGAUAUAAUUAAUGCCGGACGUUAUUGGGCGAAUUUACCAUAUGUUGAUUCAAAUAGAAUGGCAAUAUGGGGUUGGUCCUUUGGAGGAUUUUUAACAACAAAGGUUAUUGAAUCGGAUUCUGGAGUUUUCCAAGUUGGAAUGGCCGUCGCACCUGUAACUGAUUGGAGAUUCUAUGAUUCUAUUUAUACCGAACGUUAUAUGAAGAUGCCAUCACAAAACCCCAAAGGUUAUGAGAAUAGUGCUAUUACUAAUAUGACAGGUUUCGAACAUGCUAAAUUCUUGGUUGUACAUGGAACUGGUGAUGACAAUGUUCACUUCCAGAAUACAGCUAAUUUAAUUGAUAGGUUAACUCUUGCAUCCGUACAUAAUUAUCGUGUACAGUUCUUUACUGAUAGCAAUCAUAAUAUUGCUAAACAUAAUGCUAAUCGAGAGCUUUAUUAUCUGCUCACGGAAUAUCUUUGGCAAAGUUUUGGGACCGGAGGAUAA